UUCACAAUGAUGUUAACCUGGAUUUAUAUUUCGCUGCUGUGCGUUCAGACGGUUGACAGGUCACAGGCUGCAUGUGACCAGAGUGAAGCGACGCAGAAAUGUGUCAUGGAUUUCUCCACCUAUAUCAAUCAGGCAAUGAGUUCCGUGUCGGAUCCCAGUCAGAUGGCCACCGUUUUCUGUUCGGCGGAGGGACAGAGCGCCAUUGCAUGCAUGUAUCCCCUAAUGGAGCAGUGUCCGGAACUUAUAAGAGGAGGGGUGAUGCCCUCUCUGGCGGAUAUGCAAAAUGCCUGCUCUCAGAUGCCUUCCGGCGUUCAGACGGUAGACUCGUCACAGGCUGCAUGUGACCUGAGCACUUUGACGAGUGAAGCGACGCAGAACUGUUUUAAUGGUUUCUCCACCUAUAUCAAUCAGGCAAUGAGUUCCGUGUCGGAUCCCAGUCAGAUGGCCACCGUGUUCUGUUCGUAA